AUGGACGAGAAGAGCAAAGUGACAUUACAUGGGACGUGGGCAAGCACAUACUCGAAGAGAGUUGAAAUCGCCCUUAAACUCAAAGGUAUACUCUACGAGUAUGUCGAAGAAGAUUUAAAGAACAAGACCGAAUCUCUGAUUCAACUCAACCCGGUUCACAAGAAGAUUCCUGUUCUUGUCCAUGAUGUUAAGCCAGUGGCUGAAUCACUAGUUAUCCUUGAAUAUAUCGAUGAAACGUGGCAGAAAUCCCCUCGUCUCCUCCCAGAGGAUCCGUACGAAAGGGCCCAGGUCCGGUUCUGGGUCAGCUACAUCAACCAGCAGGUGUUUGAGGUCAUGAGUCGAGUCAUUUUCCAAGAGGGUGAAGCUCAAGCAAAGUCUGUAGAAGAGGCUCGAGAGAGACUCAAAGUUCUUGAAGAUGGACUAAAGAAGCAUUUCCCAAAUAAAAUCAUCAGAGAGAAUGACGAUGUAGGACUUUUGGAGAUCAUCAUCAUUGCUACUUUUGGAGCCCACAAAGUUUAUCAUGAAGCGAUUGGAGUAGAAAUAGUCGAUCCAGCGAACACUCCGACUUUAUACAACUGGAUAGAGCGCCUGCAAGAGUUGCCUGUGAUGAAAGAUGUCGAACUUCCUCGUGAUAGGUUGGUGAACCUUCUCCAGAGUUAUAGACAAAAGCAUCUCCAGCAGGCUGCAAAUGCGUAA